AUGCGCUACACUACCGCUACCGCUUUCGCCGCCAUGAUGGGCAUGUCUGCCCUUCAUGCUGCACCUGUUGGUCCCAACCACCCGUCUGGUGCGGAUCAUCUCGGCAUGCCUAUGGUUUAUGACGACAGCAUAUUCCAAGAGAAGACGGUCUCUCGGCUUCACUCACGCACACCCGAUCAUUUCAAAACCAACGAUUACAGGCUCGGAUCUGCGGCGAGCGAGGAGGCAAGGCGUCGUUUCCCCAAUCUUCCUACGGUGAAUGGCAAACGCGAGACAGGUGGCCGCCGCAUUGGUAAAGCCCCUGAGCCUGUCGCUUGUAAGAACUGUUGGCAUGAUGGGACAUUCACUACCUACUACACCAAGAAGCGCGAGGCAAGCCCUCAACGUGGUCGCGGAGCCGUAAAUGCCGUCAAGGGCAUUGGUGGUGCCCUUGGUUUUCUCAGUGAUGGACUCACAAUCCACAAUGCUGUUACCCAGAAGCGCGAGGCAAGCCCCCAGCGUGGCCGCGGUGCCGUGAAUGCUAUCAAGGGCAUUGGUGGUGCCCUUGGUUUUCUCAGUGAUGGACUCACAAUCCACAAUGCUGUUACCCAGAAGCGCGAGGCAAGCCCCCAGCGUGGCCGCGGUGCCGUGAAUGCUAUCAAGGGCAUUGGUGGUGCCCUUGGUUUUCUCAGUGAUGGACUCACAAUCCACAAUGCUGUUACCCAGAAGCGCGAGGCAAGCCCCCAGCGUGGCCGCGGUGCCGUGAAUGCUAUCAAGGGCAUUGGUGGUGCCCUUGGUUUUCUCAGUGAUGGACUCACAAUCCACAAUGCUGUUACCCAGAAGCGCGAAGCAAGCUUCCAGCGUACCCACCCCGGCAACACUUACGAAAACAUGCCUGGCCUUGACACGGUCGAACCCAACGCCAUUCAGCAGAAGCGCGAGAACCUACAAAAUGUUGCCACAAUCGAUCCUAACGCCAUCGCUUCCCUGCACAAUAACGGCAUUCCCCAGAAGCGUGAGGCUAGCCCUUCCCGUAUCCCCAUUGGCGACCAUACACCUGGAUAUACGAUCAACUUCCCUGACGCGGGUAAGGAUUACAGCAUAGGAAAGCGUGAGGCUAGCCCUAACCGUGGUGACGAUAACCCUAUAUCCGGACAUCUGGCUACCGACCCCAGCUACCUAAAGAAAGAGAACACCAAAUCUAUCCACGAGACGCGCGACGCAAGCCGUUUCUAUGGCGAGCAAAUAGGCGGAACUGCCGAAACUGAUCUCGCUAAGGUCUAUCAGAUGCUCCGAGAAGACCGCUCAAGACACGAAUCUAUCCACCAGACGCGCGACGCCAGCCCUCAAGGUUAUGCCGAAACUGCCGCUGAUCAGACCCUGCGCCAGCUUGGGUUCGAGAAAGUGCACAGCAAAUCUACCCACGAGACGCGCGACGCCAGCCGCGACGGCGGCCAUUUCUCUAACAAGCCUUUGGGCGGAAUUCCCGAAACUGAUUGGGAUAAGGUCAACGAGAUGCGCCAAGCCAGCCGCCCAAGAGACAAAUCUAUCCACCAGACGCGCGAGGCUGCCCUUGACACUACCCUGGAGACUGAUCAGCUCGUCCAUCCUGGCUGGAUCGACCACAAGCCCGUAUCUUCACUUCUCCAGACACGCGAGGCUGCCCAUGACAGUGAUAAGAUUGUGGUUGUUCAUCCCGAUAUCUUCGCCUCGCCUCUGCCCCAGGCUACCCCCAGCUUUCCUUUUCCCGGAGAUAAUACCGGAACCUUCCGUGGCCUGAAGCGCGAGGCUGAAGCUCAGCGUAGCCAGCUAAAGGGCCAGCCCAAGCUGCCCGAGGCUAUCGGCGCCGGUAUGCCCACAGAUGGCACCGCCCCCGUUAAUCUCCUAAAGCGCGAGGCUGAAGCUCAGCGCAACAACGGUGGCAUGCCUUACACAAACCUCGGCGGAGAGUUGGGCAUAAACGACAGAUUCGGUCGCAAUACCCUUAACGAGCGCGAGGCUGAGCCUAAGAACAAGCUAACGGCGCCUUCCAUGACUACCGACGCCGAGGUAGAUCCCUUGAUCAUCGGAUACCAGAAGCGCGAGGCUGAAGCUCAGCGCAACAGCAGGAUCAUUGGGAACACGCCGACUUCAAAGUGCCCUGGUUACACUUGCGCUUAUGGCCCCCCCGCGGUGGAUGAGAUGGGGGUUCAAAUGAAGUACCACCAGUGCUGUUGA